AUGAAGUCACCCUGGAAAAUCCUUAUGGCCACUCCUCUGUUCUUUCUCCUGACCCUUCACACCUUGGCCUCUCCAGCCUAUGACCACCAGCCCGGCACCAGACGCUCCAAUGGCCAAGUCUGUAUAGGAUGUGUGCUGGUGGUGUCUGUGAUUGAACAGCUUGCUCAAGUUCACAACUCAACGGUCCAGACCUCAAUGGAGAGACUGUGCAGCUACUUGCCUGAAAAACUGUUCUUGAAGACCACCUGCUAUUUAGUGGUAGACGUAUUUGGACCAGACAUCAUAAAACUGCUCAGAGCGGAUGUGAAUGCUGAUGUGGUGUGUCACACCCUGGAGUUUUGUAAACAGGACCCUGGCCAACCCUUGUGUCACCUCUAUCCCCUUCCCAAGGAGACGUGGAAAUUGACACUAGAGAAGGCAAGACAGACUGUCAAGAAAUCCCCAACUCUGACAUAUUCCAGAAGUGGCUCUGAUAUUUGUUCACUCCCAUUUUGGGCCAAGAUCUGUCAGAGGAUUAAAUUGGCUAUACAAAAUUCUUUACCAUUCAAAGAUGUAGAUUCAGACAAAUACAGUGUUUUCCCAACACUGCGGGGCUCUCACUGGCGAGGGAGAGACUGUAACGACAGCAACAAGAUGGCUCACCCAGGCAGGAGGCCAGACAACUGGGAUACACAUCAGGAUUCAAACUGUAAUGGCAUUUGGGGUGUUGAUCCAAAAGAUGGAAUUCCAUACGAGAAGAAAUUCUGUGAAGGUUCACAGCCCAGGGGAAUCAUUUUGCUGGGAGACUCAGCUGGGGCUCAUUUUCACAUCCCUCCCGAUUGGAUCACAGCUUCACAGAUGUCUUUGAAAUCCUUCAUCAAUUUACCAACAGCUCUUACCAAUGAGCUUGACUGGCCCCAACUCUCUGGCACUACUGGAUUUCUGGACUCCACUAGCGGAGUUAAAGAAAACUCUAUUUACCUUCGUUUACGGAAAAGAAACCGCUGCAAUCACAGGGACUACCAGAACAUUUCAAGAAAUGGUGCAUCUUCCCAAAGCCUGGAGAGAUUUAUAGAAAGUUUGUCUAGGAACCAGCUGUUGGACCAACCAGCCAUUGUCAUAUAUGCCAUGAUUGGAAAUGAUGUCUGCAACAGGAAGAUUGAUCCCGUCCCAGCAAUGACCACUCCUGAAAAAUUUUACUCAAAGGUCAUGCAGACUCUGCAGUAUCUAGAUUCCCACCUGCCAAAUGGCAGCCAUGUUAUUUUAAACGGCUUACCAGAUGGAACCUUUCUCUGGGAUAAUUUGCACAGCAGAUAUCAUCCUCUCGGCCAGCUGAACAAGGACGUGACCUACGCGCAUUUCUACUCCUUCCUGAACUGUCUCCAGGUCAGCCCCUGCCACGGCUGGAUGUCUUCCAAUAAGACGCUCCGGACUCUCACUUCCGAGAGAGCAGAACAACUCUCCAAUACGCUGAAAAAAAUUGCAACCAGCCAGAAAUUUACAAACUUCAAUCUUUUCUACAUGGAUUUUGACUUCCAAGAAAUCACGGAGGAGUGGCAGAGGAGCGGAGGGCAGGCCUGGCAGCUCAUUGAACCCGUGGAUGGAUUCCACCCUAGUGAGGUGGCUUUACAGCUGUUGGCAGGUCGCUUCUGGAAGAAGGUGGAGCUCCAGUGGCCCCAGGUCCUGGGAAAGGAGAAUCCAUUCAACCCCCAGAUUGAGCAGGUGUUUGGAGACCAAGGGGGGCACUAA